UCCUGGCAACUUUUAUAGCAACGAACGACGAAAAAUCAAUAUUCUACAAAGUGUUAAUUUCGUCUUUUUAAAAUGAGAACGUGACAAAACUUUACAAAAAUCCAUCGAGAAAAACCAUUUUUAUUUCAUAAAAUAAUAGCUGUCAAGUUUUGAUGCUCAUUUUUUAUUUUAUUUACAUAGUGAUGAAAAUUCUCAUAGUUACGGCGUGGUAGUUCAUACUGCGUGUUUAAAUAUCCGCUUUUCUGCAAAUUUUAACUAUUUUCGAUUCUUGAGGAGUGAAAAUUAUACACCAGUAAUAAUUUUAAGCCAAAAUGGAGGAAAUGAAUGGGGAGUUGUUUGGUGAUGGGCUGGUUAGUCUUGGGGAUGAGGGCUCUCUGGAGUCACCUGAUAAUGGCAAACAAGAGCAGAAUUGCAAUAUUUGCGACAAUAAGCUAUGCAGCCCUCGUGUCCUGUCAUGCCUGCAUGUUUUCUGUGAAGCAUGCAUAGAUAAGCUGAUGGUGAAUGAGGCUGGGGAUUCCUUGAAAUACGACUUGGCAGUGGAGUGCCCCAUGUGCAAGCAGGAAACUAAGGUAGUGCCGGGCGGGGGCGCGGCGUCGCUGCCGUCGGACUACGUGCUGACGAACAUCCUGGACGUGUCGGCCAUGGACCAGUCCGUGGUGUGCACGUGCUGCAAGAGCAAGGAGCCGGCCGUGGCGCGCUGCACCGACUGCUCGCACUUCCUGUGCGCCAACUGCAACUCCGCGCACCAGUUCAUGCGCUGCUUCGAGAACCACCGCGUCGUGCCCUUCGACGCGCUGCGCUCCUCCAAGGACCACUCCGCCGUCCACAAGCCGAUAUUCUGCUCGCGCCACGUCGGCGAGAGCCUCAAGUUCUACUGCUGCGAGUGCGAGGUGGGCGCGUGCUCCGAGUGCCUGACCGUGGAGCACAAGGUGGGCGAGCACCGCUGCGAGCGCAUCGUGGACGCCGAGCCCGCCCUGCGCGCCGAGCUGCGCGCGCUCAUCAGCGAGGGCUCGACGCGCGCCGCCGCCGCCGGCAGCGCCUCGGCCCGCCUGGACGACGCGCUGGGCGACCUGCAGCGGCAGCGCGACGACGCCGAGGCGCAGAUCAACGAGGCCUUCCACGCGUACAAGGCCGCCAUCGAGCGACGCCGCGAGAAGGCCCUCGAGGACCUCGAGCGCCUCCACAAGGACCGGGAGCUCAAGGUGAUGGACCUGUUCGACCGCGUCGACAAGACGGUGCAGCGCAUCGACUGCGCGUGCAAGUUCGCGGCGCGGCUGCUGCGCCGCGGCGACGGCACCGAGAUCGUCAUGCUGAAGAAGACCGUCGCGUCGCAGUUCGCCCGCCUGCUCGAGGGGCCCUCCGAGUUCGACGUCAACUACUCGGUGGAGUUCGUCACGAAGGUGGACAAGUUCGACGCCAUCACUGAGGAGACAUUCGGCAGCUUCCGUACUGAGGCGACGCGCGCGGAGGAGAAGAAGCGCGCGAGCGAGUCGUCGGCGAUCGUGUCGAUGGCGAGCAACUCGCACUCCCCGGCCGUGUCUGUGUCUUCAGCGCCGGUGUUCGACGACCCCUUCCCUCUCGGCAACGUGCGCCGCGUGACCGGCAUGGGCAGCGUGGCUCUAUCGGGUGGCAUGGGCGCCGUGAACAGCGUGCCCGUGCUGCCCUCCAUGGUGGAGUACAACCUGCAGCAGCUGGCCAGCAUCGCGGAGAAGGAGGUGCCUCCGCCGCCGCACGCGUCGCCCGCGCCCUCCUUCACGCUAGCUGAGCUGCUGGCCGGGGACCUCAACUCGCCGCAAGCAUUCAACAACCUGCAAGCGCUCGCCAAACUAGGAUUGAACACUGAGGUGAAUGGGUAUGGUGGAGUGGGCGGAGUAGGCGGGAUGGGAGGGGUGGGUCCCCGCGGGGUGUCCCCGGGCAGGCCCCUGCUGACUGCCGCGGAAGAAGCGGCCUUAGUGGCGCCUCCCGUGCCCCUAGUCCGCGCUACGAAAGCUACACCCAUGCACAUAAGGUUCAAGUUCGGACAACUCGGCGGCGGCAAGGGCCAGUUCAAUUCCCCACACGGAUUCUGUCUCGGCAACGAUGAAGAUAUCAUAGUCGCUGAUACCAACAAUCACCGCAUAACGGUUUUCGACAAGUCGGGCAACCACAAGUUCAACUUCGGCGUGGCGGGCAAGGAGGAGGGGCAGCUCUGGUACCCGCGCAAAGUGGCCGUGGUGCGCGCCACCGGCAAGUUUGUCGUGUGCGACCGCGGCAACGAGCGUUCCCGCAUGCAGAUAUUUACUAAGAACGGACACUUCUUGAAGAAAAUUGCUGUGCGUUUCAUCGACAUCGUGGCCGGCCUGGCCGUGACCGCGGAAGGGCUGAUCGUGGCCGUGGACAGCGUCACGCCCACUGUGUUCAUCCUGUCCGAGGAGGGCGACCUCAUGAGCUGGUUCGACUGCAGCGAGUGCAUGCGCGAGCCCUCCGACAUCGCUAUUAGUGAUUCAGGCAAGGAAUUCUACGUCUGCGACUUCAAGGGGCACUGCGUGGUUGUGUUCAACGACGAGGGCCGCUUCUUGCGCCGGAUUGGCUGCGAGAACGUGACCAACUUCCCCAAUGGCAUCGACGUGUCGGACGCGGGAGACGUCCUGAUUGGUGACUCGCACGGCAACAAGUUCCAUGUGGCCGUGUUCUCACGCGACGGCGUUCUGGUCACCGAGUUUGAGUGCCCCUAUGUUAAGGUAUCCCGCUGCUGCGGUCUGAAGAUAACCUCGGAGGGCUACAUAGUCACUCUGGCCAAGAAUAACCAUCACGUACUGGUCCUCAACACCCUUUACAUUGUCUGAGGAGUAACCCGAUGGCUGUAAGUCUGCAUACUACAAGAUCUCACAUUUAUUCCCUAUAUUUUAUAUUUAAUUGCUGUUUUACAAAGCUUAACAUUUUUUGCUAAACCAGUAUUUGACUAUUCGUUAAUUUAUGUUAAAACUUGAUGUUAUGUUUUAGUCUGAUUAUGAUUAUAAAUACUAAACGCUCUAACCCACAUGCUGUGAAAUGAUGGCUCAGAUAUUAACGCUUCGUGAUUACUCUUAUCUGAAUUUCAUGGCAUUUCAUAUUUAGUGUUUCACUGCAUUUGGGUAGAUCUUCAAGUCAUUAUUUCCAAAGUACUGAAUACUUACGUAUUUUUUGGUUUGUUUUUCAUCUCUCAUUUUAUGUGGUUGCAUUUAGUUAUAGAAACUGAAAAUCCAAAGUUUAGUUAUAUAAUUGAAUAUCUAUUAUUUUAUGUUUGUUGUCUAAAUUUAACAGCUGUUAUGGUUCCUAGUUCGAGUGAAGUAAUUACAUGUCAAUUAGGGGACUGGUAUGGGUGUCGCCUCGUACACUUGUGUAUUUGAGCCUCAUUUAUUAGUCGACUUAAAUUUAUUCACAUAAUAUCUAAAGGCGCAUCGUAGUCAACACUUAAACGCACAAUUGAGUUUGAAACGUUAAAUAUGUAAAUUUUGACCAAAGGAGGCGACACUGGAAUAAACGUGCCAUCUAGUUUAGGUUAAUCUCGUAUACAAUAUUAUAUAUUGUCCGUUGAAAUAUAUUUACCAUUUACAGAAUUCUGUGUCUAUACAAAAUGUUUUUCAUGUACUCUUGUUUUGAGAGCCUCUUACAUAUUAACGAUUUUUCGUUGUGUAGGUGAUUACAUUUAAAUAUGCCUUUUGGUUCAAAAAUAACAUGAAUAACGAACCAACAUUAAUAUUCAAAUGUUAAAAUUUAAAUUCGCUGUGUAAUUUUAACCUUGCAAUAAAUUCGUACAAUUAAACUUUUGGAUAUAGUACUACAAAAUAUAUUAUGUAAAUGUACCAAUGUUAAAAACUCUUUGCACGGCAAUUUCAUGUAGUUUAAUCUUGGAGAAGUAAUGUAUAAGCUAACUUCUACAUAGUAUGCAUUUGGGUAGUCAUGGUAAGUGCUUGUAAAGCAAGUAGUCACAACAGCUGUCACAAAAUUAGUGCAGAUGUCAUUCCAAUUCCAGAUAUAACUCCCAGAAUCUACCUAUCUUGUAAUAAUUUGUUCCUACUAUAGUGUAAAACUGUUCAAAACAUCCCUAUCUUAUACUUACCCAAAUGUAAUAAAAUAUAUUAUAAUUAUUAUAAUCUGAAUUUGCCACUGCAAGGACUUUUUAAUCCUAUCGUUAUUAUAUUAUAUUCGUAUACUGUUUGUCAAACAUAUAUUGAUAUUUUUUUACAUUACCCACACGAAUAUUCAAAAUUUGAGAUUUUACUUUUUAGACGAUAGAUGCAAAGGGUGGUAAAUUUUAUUGAUGUGCAUGUUAUACACCUAUGCGUACAUACAUAUUUAUACAAAGUUAACAGAUUUUCACGGAUUCAAUUAGUGUUUAGCUAAGCGCGUCACAUGUUGUAGACGUAGUGAGUGAACGCCAGGGUAUGUGUAACGCUUGUGGGGCGGCUACACGUUGUAACUAGCGAGUAAUGGUCACAUACACAUUGAAACGCAUAUUGGCUCUUGCGAAAUUGGAUACAAAUAUACAACAAAUAUUAUGUAUUUAAAAGUCUUCCAAUUCUUCAACCAUUAGGCUUUUAGGAAUUAAUAUCUGCGUCUCUAUUGGUGGAUUAACAGUGCAAAUAUAAUGUUCAAAGUAUUAACUUUAAUUUGUGAAUAAUUUUCCAAAUAAUAGUGAGAGUUGUAGAUGGCCAUUAUUUUGACGUUACAAUGUCUAGGGCGAGAGGUGUGUACUUAAAACUGGAAGUAACCAAUCCCAACCUGACCAUAGCGUGUGAUAUUGUUAAUAAUUAUAUUCAUGUUGACGUUUAAUUAUACAGUGCUCUCUAUUUUUUGCGAGUAAGGAGAAAUUGCAUAAAUUUUGAUUUGUAGUUGUAAAACCCAAGCCCAUUUAUUCUAUUGUAAGUGUAUAAAAUUUCUGAACUUAUGGGACAAUAUAAUAUUACAGUGAAAAUCUGUUACCAGUAUGUAAGUAAGGUCAUUUUCUUGUUGUAUUGUGAUACACGAAUCCAAAAUGAAUAUUUGCCCGGCACUCUUAUAUUAUUAUAAUGGAGUAAUAAUAUCAUUAAUUCCCAUAUUGUUACUGUAGCUGUUCAGGAGUAGAAUGUAUGAGAUUUAUGUACUUAAUUAGUAAUGUUUAUUUUGUUAUUGUAUUGAAGCAGUUUCCCAAGUUUGAAUAUUUUAUCAACAUUAGAUGUGAUAGAAGCAAUAAUAGAGACAUGUGGACGCAACGUUGUUUAAGGCAUAUAGAGUCACCGGCGCGGGGCGGGUCGUGUCGUACACGGCACGGACACCGCUCCGACAUACACUGAGUCUGAAUUCUCUGUCGAUUAGUGAGUAACUUUUGGGUUUUAUUUUUUCAUAUUGUUUUUAAGUUAUUUGUUUCAGGAUUUUUGUCCCGAUAGCAUUAGGGAAUUUUAUUUUGUUUAUUUUAACUAGGUUUAUUGAUGAAUACACGAGUCUGCAUACCCCUCGCAUACGAGCUGGUGUGAUUUAAUACUCUCAUUUUGUCGUUUUACUGUUUUUGUUUUAACGUAUAAUAUGUUCUGGCCUAUAUUAAAACUAGUAUUUUGGCCAGUGUUUAGGCCUUUAGAGUUACGAAUUUUUACUGCCAAAUUAUUUUCUUACAAUAUUUGUGCAUGCACAUAGUAAUUAUUUUACUGUAUGAUAUUUGUAAAGAUUGAUUAGUUACUAAUUGUUGCCAAUUUUUUUUUGUUUAUUAAUAUUCAGGGUUUAAUAUUAAUGUUCAAUUCUUAAUUUGUUGUCAUUGAUCAAAAUUAUUGUGUGUUAGUGAAGUAGCAGUAACCGAAAUAGAUGUUAUUAAAGCCCCAAAGGGAGCGUGUAACGCUAUCAAUAUUGCUUUAGGGUUGCAUAAAAUUAUUAAAAAGUGGUGUGAUAAGUUUUGGAUAAUUUUACAAAUUAUACUAUUUUUAUGUGUGAAUUCCAAUAUUAAUAAAUUUGAAGUUGAAAUAUCAGCAAAUGUAUAAUGUUUCAUACAAUUUCAAUUUAAUUUGUUUUAUGUUUAAUGAUGAAAGUAUUAUUUAUUUGUAAUAAUAAUUGAAGCAGCAAUCUUCUUGCAUUAAUUUUGGUGAUAUCUUGUCGACAGUGUUUCCUUUUGUUCUUGCCAUAUAUCUUAUGUAGAAUGUCAGUGUAGAUAUUUUUUGUAGUAAUUAGUAUUUUUCAAUUCGAUAUACACGUAGUAACAGUAUCACAAGUUUGCCUAUAUCGUGGUGUUGUUUAGAGACGUUUAUUAGAGGGAGGGGCGUGCGCGGGGCGCGGGCGCGGGGGUUUUCGCCCGACGUCGGCUGUAUAUUGCUGUAGAGACUAAGCACUCUGUCAAGGGUAGGCGACUAUGGCAGGUCAAAUGGUAUCUUUUGUCCAUUGACGUUACUCGAUAAUAAUUGUAUCAUUAGUACAUUACAGUAGCCUUUCUCGGGAAUCUUAAAAAGUUACCUAUAUAUACACUUUAAAAGCAAUUUUUUGGUAAAUAUAUUUCUCUUGAAUCUAUAUUCCCUUAUGUAUCCAGCAAUAAAUUCAUCAGUAGAUGUAGGGAUCACUGAACGCCGUCGGAACGGGCCCGCGACCUCGUCCGCUGAUGGUCCACUAUCGCCGUGUAGCGGCAUGCUACGCGGGUGCGUAGUGGCGCGCGGGCGGGGGCGGUGGGGGCAGGGAGUCCGGCCGGGCUGCGUCGCCACCCGCGCCGGACCGGCCGGCAGUCGGUAGGGUUCACAGCGCACAAAGUGAGCUCUACAAUGUUACCCUCCCUAUUGGAGGUGGGCGUAUUGCCUAAAUUGUGGCACCAAGCACAGAUCGCUAACUCGGGUGUAGGAACGUGGCAAAUUAAAGUUUAAAAUUAGCUGUUUAAAGUUUUAAAAGACAUUGGUGUCGGUCGGAUUAGCUCGAUAGGCGUUUGUUCACUCGAUUUAUAUUAUAGUUGAGAUGUUACCCAACGUAAUUUUUACUCGGUCGGUGAGCUUCGACGAUUCCCCUCAGUAUUCUCACUGUCUUCACCCACUGUUUUGCGAUAUCCACCGAUUUGAAGACAGAAAUAAAAAUAAGGUUGUGAGCUCUAUUCACAUUGAAAUUUUAAGCCACAUUUGUGCUUGUGCAAUAAAUAUCACAGUUUGGAUCUAGGCUUGUAAAUUAAUAUAGAAUAUAUACAUUGUUGAGCUGAUUAUAAAAAUUUAAUAUAUUAUUAUACCUUUUAAUAUUGUUAAAGAAUUCUAAUUGCAUUCCACAUCUUAGAGUGAACGAAUUUGAGAUAACCAUUUCAAUCUACAUUAUAUUAUUUUUUUUACAAUGUAGGGUUAUUAGCAGUUGCCAAUGUUUUUCCUUUAGUCAGUAAAAGUACAAAUAUUUUAAUAUACAAUUCUUGGUAUUUACGUAUUGUAGCAAUCUAAUUUUUUUAAUUGAUUCUAUACUUUAAGCAUAAUUUUUGUUCACAUAAGCGGCCAUUUAGACUUUCUCAUCUCACAAAUUAUUCAGUAAAUACUAACAAAACAUAUCAUGCUGAAUCAAUUUAGUUUUCUUAGAAAUUUCCUGCAACACCCGUGGUUUCCCCGCUGUUAGAUGUACGGUAAAAUGGCUAUUUCGUUUUUCAAAUUAGAUUUAAGUAUAUCCUAGGUUUUUACUUCAAUAAGUUUCUUGUCAUUUUAUGUUGAAUGUAAAAUUAAUGGUAAUAGUUGGUGUGUAAGGUGCAUGUUUAAAUGCGUAUUUGAUUUCGUUCCAAAGAUUUCUUUUAAUAUUUUAUUUUCUCUUAUUAAAAUGACAUUUGUGGUGUGCGCAACGGUAUAUGAUACUAGAAUAACACGAUUUUUCUGUAGAGUUGGUGCAGCCGAGCAAAUCUCUACUAUAUUCUCGUAAGAAUAUAUUUGCUCAAUACUUAAUUUAACUCUUAAAAGUAUUUUAAAGUGACUUAGUUGUCCAGUUUCAAUAUUUUGAACGGACUUAACAAACACGAAAUAUAAUAUCUACCAGACAAUACCCUCCGUAAAUAUUUGAAUCAAUGUAAACGUUGAAGUUUUAUGAUAGAUGUAGGUAGUUAUAUGCCUUUACGGGCGGCUUGUUGUGGACUUGCGAGCUAUCGGGGCGGCAGUGUAGCAUCAUAACACUUGUGGCUCUCUUCAUUCACCUCGACCCUUUCCAUUCCGCUCGUCCUAUAUAUUUACCAAGUAGUGGAGCCUUGAUGUAAUCGGUCAGUAGUGCUCGCCCUGACGUCUAGCGGGCGGGCACGCAAGUUUUAAUAGAAUCCCUCGUGUGAUGGUGUUAGCUGAUCUACUGUACUGUAAGCCCCACAGUCAACGAAAAUUGUUAUGUAAUCCAUACAGGAGUCUCAGCUGCAUUGUGCCUAGAUCUUAGAAGUUAAACGGUAUCAAAGUAGAAAUAUUAAUCUCAGAUAUUUUGGCUCUUUAAAAAUAUUCCAUGAUAUUAUUUUGUUUUUCAUGAAAAUGUAUUUACAUUAUAUACAUACACUUAGUAAUAUUGUAUACAAUAUACAUUGCGUGGUUUGUUAAUUUUAUUGUAAUUAUAAGAUGCCCAACUGGUUUGAAUGUCUGUCCUUGUGCGCUAAUGAAGGAGGAAUUGAUUAGCGUGCGCGCGCGCCGGCAGUCGUAGCGACACUAGCGCCGCGUCGGUCGGUGUGUGGACAGUGUUUCAUUUGUUUUUAACUAGUUGCACAUCUUACUUUGACCAAAUUUGGUACGCCGCUGAAGUUGUAGGAAAAUAGACUCGUAGUCUGGCACUCUUUUCCUUUUUGUAAGAGUGCGUUUUUUCUCGCGACCUUGGCGGUUCUCUUAAUAUAAUUAUAAGUUUAUUAUUGUGAAUUGUGGCCAGGAAUAUAACAACAGCACACCAGUGUAAUUCAGAGCCUGCCUAAAAUAUAUUUUUGUCAUGAUUUUAUUUAGGUAUAUACAUGUUAUUAUUCACAUAUUACAGUUUUCUCAAUAUUAGCUUGUAUUUUAAUUAAGAAAUAAUCAUAUUUAACAUUGCCAGGUGAUCAGCUACCUGCACUUUAAAUAUUUUUGGAAACUAUUGAACUUAAAUUGUACUGACUUUAUAAAUAUAUUUACUUCAAUAAAGAUUUUCCAUGCCACUAA